AUGAGCUCUCCACGACGCAGGAUAGAGACCGAUGAUGUACACACGCACCCCUACCCCUACCCCCUCCCCCUCCCCCUCGCCCUACCCCUCCUCAUGCGUUCGGGAUUGUGGCAAGAGUUUUACGUGCGGUUCAAGGGUCCGGCGGAAAGUUCGUUGUCCCCUGCACUCCCCUGCACGCCUGCACGGGGAGCGCCGUUCGCAGUGCUGACAGAAGCAGCUCCAUUCGAAGGCGGAAUAUGGAAAGUUCAUGUCGAACUGCCCGACUCUUACCCGUACAAGAGCCCAAGCAUCGGCUUCGUUAACCGCAUCUUCCAUCCAAACAUCGAUGAGCUGUGCGUGGCCGGUGCCCAGUCCCUCCUUCCCGCGCGGCGAGCUAAUCUCUAUCGCACCGUUGCCAGAUCCGGAUCCGUCUGCUUGGACGUCAUCAACCAAACAUGGUCACCGAUGUACGACAUGAUCAACAUCUUUGAAGUUUUCCUACCGCAACUCCUGCGCUAUCCCAACCCGACGGAUCCGCUGAAUGGCGAAGCUGCCGCCUUGUUGAUCCGCGAACCGAAAAGCUACGAGGCCAAGGUCAAAGAAUACGUGCAAAAGUACGCGACGAAGAAUGCGGCCGACGAAGCUGGCGCGGAGAGCGAAGACGACGACGACAUGUCGUCCGUGGCCAGCUUUAGCAACGACGAGGACGAAGAGCCGGCCGGUCAGAUGGAUGAUGUAUAG